AUGAGUGAACAGAGCGAAAACGAAGUGAAUUGUCCCGUCUGUGGAAAGAAGUAUCCUGUAGUAGAAAUAGAGUGCCAUGUAAAUAAAUGUUUAUUUCUCAGUUCGCAACAAUCGGGCAGUAAAAGAUCAUCGAGUCUGCAGCAAGCAACGCCGAAACGUCACAAGAGUAGUGAUGCAUCAAGUGUAUCCAAAAGUCUUAUCAGCGAAACCGAUUUCGAAAUCAGUAAGGAUGAAGCAUGCUCUGUAUUUGAGGACAUCAUGUCAAGUUCUGUUCCAUUGGCAGAACAGAUGAGACCAGUGGACAUAUCCGAAUUUGUUGGCCAAGAGCAUGUUUUGGGUUCAAACAUGAUACUGCGAACAUUGCUUGAGAAGAAGGAUAUUCCCAGUAUGAUACUCUGGGGGCCUCCUGGCUGUGGCAAAACCACACUCGCCCAUAUCAUAGCCCAGCAAUGUAAGAAGAAUCAAUCAACAAGAUUUGUAAAAUUAUCUGCUACAAUGUCUGGUGUCAAUGAAGUAAAAGAAGUUGUCAAAGUUGCAAAAAAUGAGUUAACAUCUUUUAAAAGACGUACAGUGUUGUUUAUGGAUGAAAUACACCGUUUUAAUAAAUUGCAACAGGAUAUCUUCUUGCCUCAUGUGGAAAGUGGGGCGAUAACUUUAAUUGGUGCCACUACGGAGAAUCCUUCAUUCAGCCUCAAUUCAGCAUUGUUGAGUCGGUGUAGGGUAAUUGUUCUUGAAAAACAUGAAACAAAACACAUAAUUGCUAUUCUCCAAAGGGCAUUAAAAAGCUUACAGGGAGUGAUUGUGAAAACUAACCAUGUUUUUAGUGUAGCAAACAAUAAACAUCAACCAAGGUUUUUCAUUGAUGAAGCUACUGUUACCUGGCUAGCAGAAAUUUGUGAUGGAGAUGCCCGUAUUGCUCUAAAUAGCUUACAGUUAGCAGUACAAUCCAAAGGAACUGACGGUUCCAGUGCUUUUGUAGUAUCUCUGGAUGAUAUUAAGGAUGGAAUCAAGCGCUCUCAUAUACUGUACGACAAGAAAGGUGAAGAACAUUACAACAUAAUUUCAGCACUGCAUAAAUCCAUUAGAGCGUCUGACGAUAAUGCUGCCCUCUAUUGGUUGGCUCGUAUGAUUCAAGGUGGUGAAGAUCCUAUAUUUAUUGCGAGACGACUUGUUAGAGCUGCUAGUGAAGACAUUGGGUUAGCAGAUCCCAUGGCUCUAACAAUGGCAGUUUCAGCAAUGCAUGGUUGUCAGCUAUUAGGCAUGCCAGAGUGUGAUGUGUUAUUAGCGCAGUGUGCAGUAUACUUGGCAAGGGCUCCAAAAUCAGUGGAAGUAUAUCGUGCAUUGGUUCGUGCAAAACAAGCAAUUACAGAUUACAAGGGUCCACAACCCAGUGUGCCUUUACACUUGCGAAAUGCUCCUACUCGCCUAAUGAAAGAUCUGGGUUAUGCGAAGGGCUACAAUAUGGCUCACAAGAGCAUAUCAGGGCUCCAUUAUAUGCCGAAAGAAAUGGAACAUAUAAAUUUCUUCAAUGAUAAAUGAAAGAAAUAAUGCUCCGGAGACUGCAGACAAUAGUGCUCCCAGCUGUUGUGCAAGUUUAAGAGGAUAGAUUAAAGUGAAGUUAACCUUGUACAGAGAGAUCCUUUAUAUUAGGAGAAGUUAUUUUUGUAGCUGAUAAGUAAUGAUGUACUGUAUUACCAAAAAUGUUAUAAUUAAUAUGCAU